UCAGCCUCGUCUCGUGGUAGGAAGUUGUUUCGCGCGCGCCCUGAGACCAAAGACGAACAACAACAAUUUAGAAGAUAUGGCGGACGCAAAUGCGAAGAUCACGGUGCAUUCACUGUCAGACCUCAAAAACACCUCCGACGACGCAAUCCCCAACUACCUCAAUUCCCUCUCCUUCAAGCAAUCGCACACGCUCUGCGACGUGCGCCUCGCGCUUGGCUACUCGGCCUUCGCCAUCUGCGCCGCCUGCUUCUGCUGGGACUACAAGCUCGGCUUCGACGAUACGAAGUACUACAGCGCGGCAGCCGUCGCGCUUUACACGCUCCUGAAUGGCGCGCUGACGCUGUGGGUUUGGCUUGUCGAGGGAGGGACGGUGUAUGUAGGGACUAGUAAGGCGGGCGAUAAGAUCGCAAUCUCCACCUCCACAAAAAAGCACACCCCAACCUACACCCUAACCAUAACCUCUCAAUCCCCCACCUCCCCCGCCGCCACAACCACCACCCUCUCCCGCCCCUUCGCAGACUGGUUCGACAGCGCAGGCCACUUCGUCGCCCUCCCCUUCCAGCAGAUGCUCGCCGGAGCCGCUCCCGUGAUAGGGAAGGCUGAUCCCGGUAGGGCCGCGCUGGGGGUUAAAGGGAAGGAGGCGGAGGUGGCGGCGUUGAGGGAGACGGUGGAGGAGGCUGUCAGAGCUAGUGGGAGUGCUGUUGGUGGGGAGGGGGCGAGGGGGAGGAGGCAGAAGGCGUAGAGGGAGAGAGCAUGUAGGUUUUAGAGAUUGCGGGCUGGCGUUGAGUCAAGGAGAAGGGAAAAUGGGUUGGGUUUGGGAUUGGGGGUAAUGCUCGCGCGGUCGGGGUUGGCUGGCGUGAAAGGGGGAGAGUUGUGUUGGCAGUUUUACAAUUUAUAUGAAAGAAAUCUGGACUCUGAUGGGCUGUUCUGAAAAUGAAAGAUAUGAGGGCGACGAAAGAGAUGCAAUUGACACAAGCAAUGCAAUCGACCCAAGCAAUGCAAUCGACACAACAGAUGACAAUACGGGGUGGCCUAUCGCCGUGUACCAGCCUUGCAACAUGCUACACACGCGCUUAGAGACUUAUCAUAGGAAGGCUAACUUACCUAACAAAAGAGAGGAGGCGCCAACGUGAAAACGAUGGAUACUAUUGCUCUAUAGCAUGCUAUCUAAACCUACCCAAUACAGUGUUGGAUGACGGGUGCAUACAGGCGGGAGUGAUCAGUGCAGUGAUACGGGAGGUACUAUCUGAAUCCAUGCAGACGCAUUAAAGGCAGAUAUCUUUCACUGAUACUAGGCAAGCAACAGGUCGACGCCAUGGAUGCUCGUGUGGCUAUUCACGCAACAAAAAAAUUACAUGCAACAGUAGGUAUUCGCUGGUGGUCACCCACCCAACUACUAAUCUACCGAUUUCAAGCAAACACCUGGAUAUUACUUAAAUCGGUGCCAUCUGGCCUAGCGGGUGAGCCUCGCCGCCCUUACCCUUGUUUCGACCACCUCGACCAUCCAAAAGUGGGUCCAUUUUUGACGACGUGUUGCACUGCGACAUUAGAUGCACACAGGUGAGCUGGGUGGGUAGGUGAGCAUGGUGAGCAAGGUAAGCAGGGUGAGCAGGGUGAGCAAGGUGAGUAGGGUGAGCUAGAUGGG